AUGUCAGAGCUGCGAGGCGGGGACCUGGAAUAUGCGCGAUGGAAUGGAAGGGAGAGGGAGCCGGCACCGAUGCCGCGGGCAUGGAGCCCGCCGCCACUGGAGCAGACGGAUCGAGUCCCUCGGCCACCAACUACCCCCGUUGCCAGUCCCGGAGCCCCAGUUCUCACCGUUGAGCUGAAAGCUAAGACCUCCCACUGGGAGCCAAGGAAGCGUUUCCCCAUAACAUGGACGAUCAGGUAUCAUGGCAUCCCGGGGAGAGAAGAUGAUUUCAACAACUCCCGACCCAUCAUCUUCCGCACCUACAAUUUUGGUACUUACGGGACGUUCAGCGCCUAUCGCCAGCGAUACGAGGAUGGAGACUCAGAGUCUUACACCGAGGGCGGGGGCUGUGAGUUUCCCAGUGGGCCCGAUGAUCCUGUUCAGGUCACAGUGGGGGAAAAGGGAGAAGAGAGCGGCCUCGUCAGCCUGCGGCCGGGGCAGAUGUACUCGAGGUCGGUGCACCUCUACUCAGAAGACGAUCUGCCACGGUAUCCGGCCAUUGGAGAGAUUCUGCGCUAUCGGUUGAAGGGUUGUGUUUGGGACUGGUGGGACUGGGGCACGCUGGAUGGUCAUGUUGAUACGGUGGUUACUGUGCCUGGGUUUCUGGGCGGGCAGGUCCUUGAGCCCAGGGAUAAUGGGGGGCGAGCGAGGGUGGUUGUGCCUGCUUCGAAUCUGGUCGACUUUACUGUUGUUUGA